AUGGCCGUUCUGUCGUUCUUGACCUGUAUUGCGUUAUUCGCCUCCUUCCGGGCAUCUCACGUAGCCGCGUCUCGCCAGCUCAAGUCUGCCAAUGGAUACUACUUCGUCGAUCCCCUCAUUGGUACUCGAAACGGCGGUCAUGUCUUCGCUGGGGCGACCUUACCCUUCGGCAUGGCCAAAGCUGUGGCAGACGCUACCAGUGAUAACCAAGGAGGAUAUGCUUCAAACGGUAGUCCAGUCAGUGGGUUCUCUCACAUGCAUGAUUCCGGCACUGGAGGCGCCUCCUCCCUUGGCAAUUUCCCCCUAUUUGUCUAUCCAGGCUGCAACAACGACGACAUCAAUGGCUGUAUCUUCCCCAAGACGGAGCGGUUCGUGCAAGUUGUCGAGGGCAGUGUGUCAGCUCGACCUGGGUACUUCUCUAUUGGGCUUCAAAACGGCGUGAAGGCUGAAAUCACCACUUCCAAUCAUACUGCUCUCUACAAGUUCACUUUCUUCGGUAAUGCUACUGGCAAUGCCACCGUGGACGGUUCCCUGAGCCCCCUUAUCAUUGUCGACCUGACCGAUCUGCCUGACACUCGCAGCAAUGGCACAGCAUCCGUUGAUCCAGAUUCGGGACGGAUGACAGGAACAGGAACCUUCCAGCCCAGUUUUGGUAUAGGCACAUACACCCUCCACUUCUGUGCUGAUGUUCAAGGAACGGGGCCUAUUCGAGAUACAGGAGUGUUUAUCAAUAAUCGAGGCGGCAGCGAGCCGAAGAAUAUCACUGUACAGCAAGAUAACAACAGCCCUCCCGUGCCUGCAGGGACCUAUGCUUGGUUUGAUCAGGUUGAGAGUGGCAGCGAGGUGAUGGCCCGCGUUGGAUUAUCCUUCAUCAGCUCCGAGAAGGCUUGCCAGAAUGGCGAAGCAGAGAUUCCAAACUUUAGCUUUGAAGACACCCUAGUAACAGCAGAAGAGGCAUGGAAGAAUAAGCUCGAGGUCAUAAGCAUCGAUGCGACAAUCUCCAAUGAUACCGCAGGAGCGAUAAACGAUGCGACUACAAUGAACGACCUGCAGACCAUCUUCUGGAGCGGUGUCUAUAGGGCGAUGAUCAGUCCGCAGGAUUACACGGGUGAAAACCCGCUUUGGGAGAGCGACGAGCCGUACUAUGACUCCUACUACUGCAUCUGGGACAGCUUCCGCAGCAUACACCCGUUCAUUACCUUGGUGGACCCUUAUUCGCAAACCCUGAUGAUCCGCUCUCUGAUCGACAUUUAUCGGCACGAAGGAUGGCUUCCAGACUGCAGGAUGUCCCUGUGCAAAGGCUUCACUCAGGGCGGAUCGAACGCCGACGUCGUUUUGGUUGAUGCGUACCUGAAGAACAUCACCCAAGAUGUCGACUGGGUGACUGGGUACGAGGCUUUGAUCAAGGAUGCGGAGGUUGAGCCUCAAGUUUGGGACCUCGAGGGUCGUGGUGGCUUGUACAGCUGGAAAACUCUGGGGUACAUUCCGGCUGAUGAUUUCGAUCCUUACGGAAAUGGAGUCAUGACGAGAAGUAUUUCCCGAACAGUGGAAUACGCCUACAACGAUUUCUGCAUCGCGGAGAUGGCGGAGGCACUGGGCAAACAAGAUGACUACGAGAAAUACGUAGAGCGUUCCGGCAAUUGGCUCAACCUGUACGAAGAAGGCCAAGCAUCUGAUAUUAAUGGCACGGAUACCGGAUUCACUGGCUUCGCGCAGCCAAAGUAUCUUAACGGUACUUUUGGGCUCCAGGACCCGAUAUUCUGUUCUCCGCUGCUCAACUUCGACUCGUGCUAUCUCAAUACCAACGGUCAUGAGACGUACGAGGGUAGCUCAUGGCUGUACACGUUCUUUGCGCCCCAUGACAUGGCGGCUCUGAUCACAACGCUCGGCGGCCCAGACACGUUCGUCAGUCGCUUGGACUACCUUCACGAAAGCGGACUGCUCUACAUAGGUGACGAGCAGGCCUUUCUCACGGUCUACCAGUACCACUACGCAGGUCGUCCAGCCAAGAGUGCCGAGCGCAUUCACUCGUACAUCCCGAGCCAGUUCAACACGACGACGGCCGGCAUCCCCGGGAACGACGACUCAGGCGCCAUGGGCUCGUUCGUCGCCCUCUCGAUGCUGGGCAUCUUCCCGAAUCCCGGGCAGGACGUCUACUUCAUCACGCCUCCGUUCUUCCGUUCCGUGAGUCUGACUAAUGGCAUGACGGGCAAGAUGGCGACGAUCAGGAGCGUCGGCUUUGAUGCUGCGUAUACGAAUAUCUACAUUCAGAGUGCGAAGCUUAAUGGCGAGGUGUAUACGAAGAACUACCUUACGCAUAGCUUCUUUCUUGAGGGCGGUACGCUUGAACUCGUCCUGGGACCGGUGGAAAGCUCUUGGGGCACGCGGGGGGAGGAUGUGCCACCUAGCGUGAGCAUGAGGUAG